AUGACUAUUGAGCAUACUAAUGAAACCAAUGAAGGAAUGUAUUUCUGUGGAAAAGAACAUAUGAACACCAUUAAAUUUUCUAAAGGCACAUUUCUAGCCAUGAAAGGUCAUCCUCAGUUAAACAUCUCAGUGCUCCAAUCUCCAGUACGGGGGUCAGUUUCUCCAGGAGAGUCGGUCACUCUGCAGUGCACGGUCCUCUCUGAGAUCAGAGCAGCAGAUCUCCGAGUGCUCUGGUUCAGAGCUGCUGCAGGACAAUCCUUUCCUGAAAUCAUUUACACUCAUCAGAACAGCAGCAGCCGUCAGUGUGAGAUCAGCUCUUCUACAAGCUGCUCUCUGUAUGAGUUCUCUAAGAACAUCCUCGACCACAACCAUACUGGAACUUACUACUGCGCUGUGGCGGCUUGUGGGAAGAUCAUUGUUGGGAAUGGAGCAUCAGUAGAGCUGCAGGAGCCUGUUAUAAUCUUUCUGGGAGCAGCUUUAGGAGUCUGUGUGGUUGUGAUCUCUGCUCAAGCCUUUAUAAUCUGUAAAAGGAGAAACAGUGACCGCUGCAAUGGGAGAAAAGAACAAGGUUCAUCAGCAGAGAACACAACCAAUCAGACUGCUGAGAGUCUGAAUUACGCUCCCAUCCAUUUCAAAGAGAACAAAGCCAAACCUGGACGAGUGAAGAGAGAACAGCCUGAAGACAUUGUUUACUCUCAAGUGAGAAGCUCUAAUGCUAAAGCUCAUCGGUCUCAUCGCUAGAUCUCUUUCCUGUAGUGAGCAGUAGUGAAGUUUGGGGAUGUUUGUAUUUUACUGGGAUAUUCAGAGCUGCACAUGAUCUCCAGAUUAGUUUAAUGAUGUUUGCUAUGGUUUCUCUUGAUUUUGGACUGUGAGGGUGUUUGUUGUUUUUGUUAAUAUUUGCCAGGAUCUUCAGUGAAGUGCUGUACUUUGUUAAAGUCCCUACUUUGCUUGAACCUGGGUGAAAAAUGUGCAGUUCAGUAUGAAGUUUCAUUUCUCUAAAGGACUGUGUGAGGACGUUUUUAGAGUGAGUGUGGUCACUAUAAUCUUUCAGUUAAUACCGAUGGUCUCUGACAAUGUGCAGCUUUCAUACGACGGUGUUGUAUUUUUGAAGGCAGCCUAAAGGUUUGACAGAAAAGUUAUUUCAGAUUUUAAUGGGAAUUUUCUCAUCAUUUGUUUUUAUCCAUCACUGAUCAGUUAUUAAACACAACAAUUACACUUCCAGAGCAACAGUGCUGUUUACACAGUACACUGAGUGUUAUCCGACUCAAAAUAGAUGCAGAUAUCAGAUACAAGAAAUGGUUUUCUGUAUUGUGUGUUUUUUUGUUUGUUUGUUUUUUUAGUUUUUGACACAUUUUCUGACAUGGUUUGGAUACUCCACAAAGAACCCAUGAUAGUAUACCUGAUAACUGCCAUUUGCAAAGGCACACUCAAUACUUCCAUUAAAUUUUAUGAAAUAUUAAUAUAAAAUGACAUUUCUAAUGUGACAUAAUGUAACAUAAUAAUUUACUGUUAAUUCUCAUCACAGACGUUUCACAAACUGUAGAGUCACGUUAUUAAGCACAAUAGAAAGAACAUCUGAACCUCUAUGACAGUUUCAACCUGUUAAUUUCUUUAAUGCAGUGUUUUAUUGUUGUUGCACCUGUUUUAGUAAAAUUAACAUGAUCUAGCACAGCUGCACUUUUUAG